GCACAAACCAUGUGCGAAUUCUGAAGUGGACGCAUUGUGUUUGGGCAAGCCCAAUCAAACCCAAUUUCAUUGUUAACAAAAACCUAGUUUCACCGAGACAAGUAGUGGCGGCAAACUCCAUUAUUAUCGUUGUCACUUUCAUCCAAAUUCCAAAACCCAGACAAGGCUUAAAAGGUAUUAGGGUUUUCUUUCUCCAUUAUUAUCGUUGCCACUGCCAGACUUAUUCCUUCAUUCCUCUCACACUCUCUUCUCCUCCUCCUCCACCACCCGCGUUUUGGGAAACCAGAAGAGAGCACCCUCGUUUCUCCUCCACCCACGUCGCUGGCCAAGAAACACGAAGGCAGAGUGCAGGCCAUUCACGGCGUCUCCUUUCUCCUCCACCGUGACAUCCACCACGUCGCUGGCAGGGGCAGCAGCGCCACCAUCGGACUGCGAUUGACGAACGAUUUCGACAGCCACGACCACCACGAACACAGCGACACCAUUCCUUUCACUCACUGUAUGCCAUGUCUCUCUCACGCCUCAUCAAUCCUCUCUGCUGCAGUUCUUCAACUUCAGAUUCUUUGGUGACUUCAUCAUAUGUGAAGGAGAAAAUGGAGAAUACAUCCUGGUGCCUUGGGGAGUCAAAAGACAGAAUCAGGAAAUUGUUCAACAAGGUUGAACUUUCGAUUUCUUCAUAUGAUACAGCUUGGGUGGCAAUGAUAACCUCUCCAGCUUCUCAUCAGACCCCACUUUUCCCUCAGUGCUUAAAUUGGUUGUUGGCUAAUCAACACUUAGAUGGUUCUUGGGGUCUUCCUGAUCGCCAUCCAUUACUGAUGAAUGAUGCUCUCUUAUCUACCUUAGCAUCCAUCCUUGCUCUAAAGCAAUGGGGUGUCGGAGAAGAUCAAAUUAACAGGGGUCUUCACUUUAUUCAGUCAAACAUUGCCUCAAUCCAGGAUGAGAAGCAGCACCUUCCCAUAGGAUUUGGUAUCAAUUUUCCUUCUUUGAUAGAAUAUGCACAAAAUUUGGGCAUUAAUCUUCCAAUUGAAGCUACGAUCUUGAAUACAAUGAUCCAAAAGAGAGAAAUAGAACUCCAAAGAGGUAAACAAAGAAAUUCAGAAGGGUGGAGAGAAUAUCAAGCAUAUGUUUCAGAAGGAAUGCAAGAUUCACAAGAUUGGAAAACAAUCAUGAAAUAUCAAAGAAAGAAUGGAUCUUUGUUCAAUUCACCUGCUACAACAGCAGCUGUUUUUCAGCGCCUUAAGAAUGCUGAAUGUCUUGGUUACCUCCAAUCUGUACUAGAAAAAUUUGGAAAUGCAGUUCCGACAAUUCACCCUCUGGAUAUAUAUGCUCGACUCUGUAUGAUUGAUAGUCUUGAAAGGUUGGGUAUUAAUCAUCAUUUCAAAGAGGAAAUUCGUAGUGUAUUGGAUGAUACAUACAGAUUUUGGGUGCAAGGAGCGGAAGAUAUAUUCUUAGAUCCCACCACCUGUGCAAUGGCAUUUCGAAUCUUGCGUCUCAAUGGCUAUGAUGUAUCUUCAGAUCCAUUUUAUCAAUAUUCUGAAGAUAAAUUUGCUGAGUCCUUGAAAGGGUACUUGAAGGAUGUUAGUGCUGUGAUAGAGCUUUAUAGGGCUUCACAAGCCAUUAUACAUCCUGAUGAAUCAAUUUUGGUGAGACAGAGUUUGUGGACGAAACAGCUUCUGAAGCAGGAAUCCUCCCCUUACAGAUUAUAUGCUGAUAAGCUUCGUAGUUAUGUCGACCAAGAGGUCAAGGAUGUUCUUAAUUUUCCUUUGUAUGCAAAUUUGGAGCGAUUGUUAAACAGGAGAUCAAUGGAGUAUUACAAUGUAGAAGAAACAAGAAUUUCAAAAUCAUCCUAUAGAUCAUGCAAUCUUGUAAGCCAAGAAAUUCUAAAGCUAGCAGUAGAAGACUUCAAUAUCUGUCAAUCAAUACACAUUGAAGAGUUGAAACAGCUUUCCAGAUGGGUUGUUGAGUACAGACUAGACCAACUAAAAUUUGCGAGGCAGAAACUGGCCUACUGUUACUUCUCUGGUGCUGCUACACUUUUCACACCUGAACUUUCUGAUGCUCGCAUAUCCUGGGCAAAAAAUGGGGUGCUCACAACAGUUGUUGAUGAUUUCUUUGAUGUUGGAGGUUCUGAAGAGGAACUAGUGGACCUUAUUCAACUAGUUGAGAAGUGGGAUGUAGAUAUCAACACUGCUUGUUGUUCUGAGACAGUUAAGAUUAUAUUUUCCGCAAUUCACAGCACAGUUUGUGAGAUUGGAGAGAAAUCAGUCAAGCGACAAGGACGUAAUGUGAAAAACAAUGUUAUCAAGAUUUGGUUGGAUCUGAUUCAAUCAAUGUAUAAAGAAGCUGAGUGGCAGCGAACGAAGACGGUGCCAACAAUUGAUGAUUAUAUGGAAAAUGCAUACAUAUCAUUUGCCUUAGGUCCAAUUGUACUUCCUGCCCUCUAUCUUGUAGGACCUAAGCUUUCAAAUGAAGAUGCUGAGACUCACGAAUUGAAUCAUCUGUAUAAGCUCAUGAGUACAUGUGGUCGUCUUUUUAAUGACAUUCACAGUUUUAAGAGAGAAUCUGAGGAAGGGAAAUUGAAUGUACUGUCUUUGCAUAUUACUCAAGGCAAUGGAGCUUCUACUGCCGAAGAUGCUAUCGAAAAACUGAAGGGUGAUGCUGAGGAAAAGAGAAUAGAACUGCUGAGGUUAAUUUUGCAUGAAAAAGGAAGCUUAGUUCCCAGAGAUUGCAAGGAUUUGUUUUGGAAAAUGACAAAAGUUUUACAUCUAUUUUACAUGAAGGAUGAUGGAUUUACUUCACAUGAGAUGUACUCUAGUGUAAAGGCAGUGAUUAAUGAUCCUGUCAUCUCUUUGAUGAAUUAUUAGAACAUUUUCGGUAGAACCUUAGUUCUGUCAAAGCAUUGAAGCUCUACUAAUGUGAUGCCCCAUUCCACUUAGUACCUACACAUGCAACCAAGAACUGCUGAGUAAAAAGAGCCCCAGUCUUUCCCAACUGUUGCUGAUUCGUUUUCCUUGUUUUUCCUUUCUUCUAAUCUUGUUUAUGAUGGUCAAUUCUUUUUGUCUUUAGGUUUAAUCCCUUUAAUAUCAUGUUAUGAUUGCUUUGUAUUGACCUCCUUGAUUUGAAGCUGCAUAGUGAUUAAAGUUGGGGUGGUUCGGAAAAGUAUAAAUUUGAAAAAAAAAA